ACCUUGCCCAUUUAAGAGCAAAAGACGCUUUUUGCCCUUAUCAGAGCCUGCGGCCGAGGAGGGAGGCAACGGGCAAAAGCCGCAAAAGGAACACUAUCUCCAACAGAAUUUCAAUAAUCAAAGACCCAACCAUGGCUGCCACUGCUCUGAUGAGUGUGGCGUUCGUAGCAGCAGGCGCACGAAUACUGCCUUUCCAGCCCAUGUUAUCAAAACCCAGUGCAGCCUUUGUGUCUACAUGGGCAUCCUCGAAUAUGGGUUUCAAUUCUCUGCAGCUCCGGUGCAGGAAGAACAACACUCUGCCCUUCAGGAAGCUCUUAGUUCGAGCUGCUAGGACUGAGUCACAAGGUGUCUCCUUAGGCUUCAGAGCGCCUCAUUUUGAGCUGCCAGAGCCUCUAACUGGGAAAAUGUGGAAAGCGGAAGAUUUUGAGUCAUAUCCUGCUUUGCUGGUUAUGUUUAUCUGCAAUCACUGUCCAUUUGUUAAACACCUGAAGAAGGAUGUAGUGAAGCUUUCAAAUUUCUAUAUGAAGAAAGGACUUGCAGUUGUUGCCAUAUCUUCAAAUUCUGUGGCUACUCACCCGCAGGAUGGGCCAGAAUUCAUGGCAGAAGAGGCUAAAAUAUUUAAUUACCCAUUUCCUUAUCUAUAUGAUGAGUCACAAGAAGUUGCUCGAAAUUUUGGAGCAGUUUGCACGCCGGAGUUUUUUCUGUUUAAAAAGGAUGGUCGAAGGCCAUUUGAGCUGGUGUAUCAUGGCCAGUUUGAUGAUUCCCGACCCAAUAAUAAUGUGCCUGUCACUGGAAGGGACCUAAGUCUGGCGAUAGAUUGUGUUCUUAGUGGCCAGCCAGUCUCAUCAAUUCAGAAACAAAGUGUUGGAUGCAGCAUAAAGUGGCAUCCUGGAGCAGGGCUAUAAUCUUCAAUGCUUGAUCUCAAGAUCAUAAUGUUCUGGUAUUAACUCUGAAUUUUCUUCUGAGGGAUGUUAUGUUCAUUACUUGGAUUCUCUGUCAAGUAAUUCUCUGAGUACAAAAGAGAAUGGGAUAGUUUAAUACGUGAGUGUUUCAUUUUUUUUUCUUUUACAGGAAAUGUUUCAUUUGGAUAUGUGUAUACCAUAUUCAUCCAAAAUAUCAUAUGUAUGUAAAUUUAAGUUUUACAAA